AUCUUUGAGCUUCAAGAUGCUGUUGAAGACAUAAUUAUGUGGAAAAAUACACCGAAUACCUUAUUGGCAAUGGUUAUCUAUGUAUAUAUUUGUUUAUAUCCACAAUUGUUGAUACUUUUACCAUUUGUUGGAUUGUUUUCAGUUUUAUUUUCAUACUAUCAGAAGAGAUUUCCUGAUGAACAAUAUAUGAAUAUAAAUGGAAGAAACGGAGGAAAGAAAAGAUUCAAAAGAUCAAAUCGUGUUGAUGAUCCUUAUCUUCCUCCUGAAAAUUCGGUUGAUUAUUUGAAGAAUAUGCAAAAUAUACAAAACUUGAUGGGAAUGAUUUCGGACGGAUAUGAUUCGUUUAUUCCUUUGCUUAAACAUGUGGAUUGGAGCAACGAAUAUGAGACAUUGAAAAUAACGCAAAUUAUUAUUGUUACUUUAUCCAUCCUUAGUUUGACAGUAUGGCUUGUUCCAUGGCGAUACAUUUUGGUUGUUGCAGGAUUAAACGUUUUUAUCGCUAACACGCAAUUUGUAAAAGCGUUGAUCAAAGAGAUAAGUCCAGUUUUAAUUCAACGUGGACGAACACUUACACAAUCUUUAGUUUCUUCAGAAAAAGAAAAGGAUAAAGAAGGCAUGAAUAAUAAUGGAGAUACAGAAGUUCCAGGACGAGUUAAUGUUGAUCCAAAUACUGCGGGCUCUUAA